AUGAAUUCAAACGAUUUGGGAGAGAAUGGAACAAAUGAUGUUCGGAUCGAGAACGACAACGAUGUUUCUACUAACGGAGUUCUUGUGGUAUUCAACCAACAAGCUGCAUCUACUGCUCAAAGCACACCGGCUGCUCUUGGAGUCCAUCAACUUCUGCCGCCACAAGAUCUGGCCAACAAUGGUGUUGCAGUUGUACCAGGACCAAGCGUUCAUGCCGCUCCAGCUACUGGGUCAGCAUCAAAGAAGGCGAGAGGAAAAAAGCAAAAAAGAGGCAAGAAAGGAAAAUCUGCAAAGCGUACUACCCAACCAGCGCCAAAAAAUCCAUCAAAUGCGCCAGUCAGACAUCGAAAAACCGAAGCGGAGAGACUCAAAGACGGUUUGGACGAGGAAUGGUUUAAUAGAAGUGGGACACGAAGCAGUUAUGCGAACCGAAGACAGUCAGGCGGUGUGGGAAAUUCGGACGGUCUGGUGUCUGCUCGCAACCGUUUGCGUUCACAACCGGUCACAACAGCCAGUCAUCGUGCAACCACAACUCCAAACAAUACUCCUCCAGCAAUUCCCGUCAAUCAUAUUCCACUGGUUCCUGUCGUCAAUGCAAUUUCUGCUGCUUCCAACCAAGCUGCUUCCAACCAAAUUGUUUUCGACCCAGUUGCUCCACCAUCACCUCCUAUUCCGGCUGUCUGUCGUCAGGAAUCUUUGCCGCCGAAGCGCGAUGAAUAUGAUGUUCCUCUCAUGGAUCAAUCGGAAUUGCCUCAACGUGCAGUUGCAAAGUUGGAAAAAAAUGAAUUUUUCUCAGCUCGCUUCACACUUCCCGAAGUAAGAGCCCCGACUAUGGAAGAUGCAAGUGUUCUCCUGGAACAAGUUACGGAUCCUCAACUUCUCUUCAUGGUUCUGGCCCUUGUCCCCCUUUUCAAAUGCUUGAAACCUUAUAGGGAUGCAUGCCAAGGUUUGGAUCUCAUCUUCGACAAUUUUGGAUAUUUUGAAGUCCUCCAAAACGCCUUCAAUUCCAAGGCCGUUUUCGCUUUAAGAAAUUUUUAUAAAGAAUGGGCGGCGAACAAGUUCGUGCCACCAGCAAUGAAUGGAGGUUGGACGCUUGGAUGCUCUAUGAGGGAUGUGUUGGCUCUCUUCAAGCUCGUCGCUAAUCCGAAUUUAUCCGAAGUCCUUUACAAGCUGGGAUGCUCGCCGAGAAGAGGAACUGAUGGUGUUUGCCGUCCAAUUCUGGACGACAUAAUAGAUUAUGUCCCACGAAGAACAGCUCCGUUCACGAUGGAAACUGUUCUUCUGAUCAAAAGUACGGCUUUGUUGUUACUCGAUAUUCAACCCACGCUCGAGAGAUUCGCGAUGCUCGAAAUUGGAAAACCGAUUCCAGUGAGACCAGAAGCAUCGGAAUUUAAUUGGAAUCUUGCAAACGAUAUUGUAAAAAUUCAGAAAGAAGGAUGGCGCGUAUCAUUGUUUCCAAAUACAGGUGAAGAAGAAGGAGAAGUUGUGGAACAGAAGUUCCAAACAAUGGAAAUGAAGAAAGAAAUGAAAUAG